AUGGGGAAACCACCCCUCCCACCUCCGAGCAGCACGAACAAAAGAAAGAAGAACAACAACAAUAAUUAUCACUCGCACGAGUUGGACGCGCAGACGACGGUAUUAGGCAUCGUCUCGCAGUCGCCGCUCGGUCCGAGAUGGAACGAGGAGGAGUGCGUGGCGUUUUUUAACGGUUUGAAAGAAGAAAGAGACGGGUUUGAGAAUACGUACAGCGAGCACAUACCGAACUUUGAUUCUAUAGCGGCAAAGACGGGGAGGUCGGUGAAGGAGUGCGUGAAUAUGUACGAUAAAAACCAGGCGUUUUUGUCGUUGCCGGACGGGGUCGCUUCGGCAGCGGCUUUGCACGCGUUGACGAGAGAUUAUUUUGACAACUUAGAGAAGGCGGCAAAGGAGAAAGCGGCGAGGAAUAAAAGCGCGAGAGAGUGGAGCACGUCCAGAGACGAUACCUCGGACGGGAACGGGAAUGGGAAGAGCAGUCAGAAAGAACAGAACAUGGCGGCGUUUAUUGCCGGAGCGACGAGCGGGAACAGCACGAAACCGUCGCCAAAACGAUUGCCGAAGAAAGGGAAAAGAACGCCGAGGGAGAACAAGUUGCCAUUGGACGCGCAUAAAUUGACCGGGAAAGACAAGAAGGACGCGCAGUUGGCGGCGAGGAAUUUAGUGUCUUUAUCGCCGAAACCGAGCGGGAAAAGAUCGAGUCCGUCCAUGAGCACCGGGAACGCGAUGACUUUGCCCGCGUUUGGAGCAGAGAAUAAACGAAAGUUGAUCGAUAACGGAGGAUUCGAGAGCGACGAAGAGUAUCAAGACACGUCGCCGGCGGUCAAGCAAACGCAAGAGUCGCACAAAUAUAACGGCGAAGAAGAAAACGUGGACGGCGGCGCGAACGCGAACAAUAGCAACGAACAAGAGAUGAAUCACGGGGAGGACGAUCCGUUCGCGGAUGUCGGCGGCGCUUUGGACGGUUUGAUGACUCUCGCCGACGCCGCGACGCCGUUGAAAAAGUUCAACGCUAAGGCACCUAAGAAAGCGAGCAGUAACGGCGACCGACCGAAGAAAGCGAACAGUGGUGGCGGUUCACAACAAGGCGGGAAAAAUAUCGUCUCUCCGGCGCGGAAGAGGUUGAAACUUGAAGGCCAAAAAACCGAGGAAGAUUUACGCUUAGAACACCAGAAAGCGAUGGUUGCUUUUGGGAAACAAAAGCUCGAGCAAGCUGUGGCGGCAAAGUACAAAACGAGACGCUCGAGGUCGUUGAAGGGAGGUUUAUUCCUUCUCGACCGUCGCGCGAAAUUGGCCAAGCAAGCUGGCUACACGUUUGCGUUGUCGCCGCCGCCGCCGUUACCGCCGCCUGGAAUCCCUCGCGACCACCCGUUGGCGGAAAUGGCCGCGCGAAGUGGAAACGAACGCACGCGCAAGUGGGCUUUAGCGGAAUGGUUCAUGCCAGGUACAGACGAAGACUGGUUCGCCAGGAACGAUUUCAAGCGGUUCGCGAAGCACUGCGACAUCAACGAAACCGCGUGGUCGAAACAAUCGAGAAAGAAAUGGAGAGACGUCCGCAAGUCUUUGGGUAAAGUCCGACGUUUAUCCAUACCGUUCUUGAGAGACGAACGAAUUAGAUUAGAAUACCACCGAAACGCUGCCAGAGCGAAAGUAGAGGCAAACUUGAAGGGGAAAAUGCUCAGCAAAGAGGAGAUUGAAAAGCUCGCCGCGCCGAACGAUACCGCCGAGUUGAUCCCGAUUCCAGAGCCGUUCAUCGUCGGUCAAAGAGUGUUGGCGAAACACCCGUUAGCGAAACGCGCGUACGUCGGAUCUGUUUUAACUGUUUCUAAACUGAACAUUCGCGUCCAGUUUGACGACCCGCAGCUAGGCUCCGAGCUCAUCAAAGACAUCGAUGUCAUGCGUUUAGGCCCAGAGUACGAGGAAGCGUUGCGAGUGUUGAACGAACACGCCGCCGUCGCCGACGCGUUAGGAAGAGACGAAGAUCGUAAAAUGGGUUUGAUAUUUUCCAAAGCAAAACGAAGAGCGACUGGUGAAGAGAAAGGUUCGGAAUUGGCGUUUAUGGGGAAACAGUUCAGUUUGGAAGACGGCGUACUUUCUCGAGAAAAUUACGGACAAGUUGUUCUUCCCGUCGUGAAGAAAGAAGAACCGUUAUCGCAAGCGACGGUGGAGCAAGUACCAAUACCACCCGCCGAACAAAGAACGCCGACGAGAAGCUCCGUCAGAGGACAAGGAGGAGGAGAUAACGCAGUGCACACGACUCCGACGCGUUCGCGUCGAGGUGCGAUGGUGAAGGACGAACAAAUUGAGAACAACAACGGCUUCGCGAAUAUCGCAGCCUCGCAAGAGUUGAGUCAACAACCGGGUGGAUCCGCGUACGCAUACGACGAAGCCAGACGUCGCGCGGAGGAGAAGAAAUUCCGCGAGUUGAUUGAGAAGAUCCGCGCGUCGCAUAAAAAGAAGGAUACGGUCGCGUUGCGAACGGCGUUGCGUAAAUUCCGCGACGAGUUUGGCUACGAACGAGGCGUCUACGAGGGUGAUUUGAUCGGCGACGCGCCCAUUAACAUCAAAACCGGCUUGCAACAACAAGGCGUAAAGAAAGAAGAGAAGAAGUCUACGACUCAAAAGGACGCGAACGAGAAAGCCUACCUCGACGACCUCGUCGAAGAUGCCUUCCUCGUCGCCAGAGACACCGCCUCUCGAUCGGUCAAACUCGCCUCGCAACUCCGCGACGUCUUCUCGGAAACCCUUAAACCGAAAAAGAAAACAUCCACCGGGUUCGGCUCGAAACUCCUCUCCGAAUCGAGUAAAUUCGAACGAGAAAACGCGGAAACGCUCGCGCAAUCCGCGUGCGAAAUGUGGCGCGCCUUGCGCGCGUUUUGCGAUAGCGGCUACGAACACUCCAGCUUAGCCGACGCCGUUUGCACGCGAGCUUUGGAGCAAGUCAAGAACAAAAGCAAAGAAAAUAACGAGUUGUACGAACAGUUAUCCGCGCAGAUGAAACGCUUUACGAGCGUCGCGAGCGUCGUAAAAGUUUAG